AUGAAAGUGAUAAAAAAGUGGUUCAGUACUAAAUUAGAUGAAAUAAUACCCGAUGAUGAUAUACUUGUUGAUUAUUUAGAAGAGCUAUUGAUAAAAGAUCAUCUGCCAGAUAUAAAGGAUAUUUAUGAACAAUUGAAAACAUUCAUCGGCGAUGAUGGUCAAACAAUGAAUUUCUGUAAAGAUCUUUGGGCUUUAUUGCUUGAAGCUCAAGACGAUAAAGAUGGCUUACCAAAAUCACUAAUUGAAGACCAUAUGAAAGCUUCAAAGGAAAGAGAUGAGAAUGAUAAUAAGAAAUCUGAAUCAGUAAGUAAGCCAAAUGAAGAAGUUACGAACAAAGAGGAUCAAUUCAAAGAAACCAAAUCAAAAGUUCUUCCACCCCACCAUUCACGGCAUAAAGGGCAACCUCACAAAAUUAGUAAACCAAGGCCGAUGAAAACAGAUAGAUAUAUUCCCACCAAACCAAAGUCAACAUCUUCAACAUACAAUGCAUCCAAGAGACUUAAAAGUUUCGAUAAAGAAGACAAUGUAGAUUUAAAUAGAUUUUAA